AUGCGUCUCCUCAUCUCCGUUCUCGCCGCCUUCUAUGGGCUACUGGCCAUUGCCUCCGCCAGCUCCCUCUCCACCGAUAUCCUCUACUGGCCUGUCGGAGCUGCGUCGCCAUCCGUCCUCGCGCGCGUCGCCUAUGACCCGGUAUCGCUCCAAUCGGACCUGGUCUCCUACAGCCCUCCCUCGGAUAAACUCCGCGACGGGCUCGUUCGGGUCGGUCUCUACACGUCCACCCCCACGAACCCCAAACAAUGGGUCGGUAGUCUAGUCUCCGCGUCCUCGUUCGCCGAGCACCAACCCGUCCUCCGUCUUCAUCUCGGCCCGACUAGCGACGUCUAUCAUGUCGCUGUGGCAGCUGCCAAGGCAUCUGCAACCGCUCCUCAGAUUGUGCUUAUUCCCAAUGAAGCGGGGACCCAGCCGCAUCUGAAUCGGCCGGUGGUGGUAGGGCCCGACGGUCAGGACCCGGAGCAGGUCGUGGAGAAGACGUUCUUCCAAAAGUAUUGGUGGGUCUUCUUGAUUAUCACGUUCUUGACCAUGUCUGGCGGCGGCGGCGGCGGCGAAGAGCGGUCUUCAUGA